AUGCCUGCUCGGAAGAGUGCCAGGACCAGUCAGCGUGCAAAGGUCAAACGGCAGCCUACACAUGGGGUUGGAGAACUCGAAACUACCCCAACGAGCCGUCACCUGCAAUCUCCACGUCGAGGCCAGCCUCAGAAGUCGAACUUAGGACAACCUAACCAGGACGAAAAUUCCGAGCUUGCAAGUGCCCAACUACAGUCUCGAACUUCGACAGAUGAAUUUGAAAAUGAUGUCGACGAUGUUGAUUUGAUGCGGCUAGAUGCCUUUGACAGAGCCGUACCAUCCGCUCAACCUCCCCCAGGUUUCUCAUGGUCUGAAGUUGGUUCGACGCGCCGAAGUUCACCUGUACAAGAAGAAGAAGGUCAACUUCCAUCUGAAAAUCAAGAGUCGGUAGUUGAUGCGUUUUCCAGUCCAAAGUCAGGUCCAGGAAAGCUUCCCAAUACUCAGCAACUCCCACCACAGCCUCUGACUGGGUAUCCAGCAGGCAAGGAGAUAGCACAGGUUGACUUUUCAGAGACAGCUUCUUCUGCUCGGCGAAGUUCGCCUUAUUAUUCGCAAGCUGCCAUCUCUCAAGUCGCUGCCGGGGAGACGUGGGAUUUUCCGGGCAACAAUCUUCUACCUGCGCUCCCAAGCACAAUUCCUGAUUCACUCCAGAUGCCUGAGAUGGUGGUUUCCCCUUAUGUCGAGGUCAUGGAGCACUUGCCGGAAGACGAGCUAUAUGAUGCCACGCCUCCCAGGUCGAAUGCGGACCAUCCGGCCGACAUAGCAGCACAAAAUCAGGAGGUUGGCAAUCUUGCCUCAGAACAGUUACAACCCCCAGGAAAACACCCAGAGAAACAACCAGAGAAACUGAACGCACCACAGACGAGAGCAAAAAGGAAGUUGGGCAAAUCUCCAAAACAAAAAAAGGACUCACUGGUGAAAUAUUUAGAGAAUGAAAUCGGGCCUGUUGAAGAGGAAAGAGAAGAGCAGCAAGCGCCAUUGCCACUCCCCGAAAGGACGACAAAGCGCCAAAAAGUGGAAAGGAUUACUCGUGGAGCGCAAGAGAUGUCCAACGAUGAGCAUGCCACUCCAGUUGCGGGUAAAACCACGACAACAAGGUCGAGAGCGAAGGACAAAAGGCGCGGUAAACAAAGAGCAAAACCACCCUUUCAGUUUGACGAAACGACACAGCAAGUAAAGGAGGUCCCACAAAGCGAUUCAACGAAAGAGUCUAAACGCCCGAGCAUCGUGGGAAAUUUGAGAAAGUCAUACGCUGCUUCAGUCUCCCCGAUUGCGACGAGUGUCAAGAAAGCGACCCCGAAAUCCAGACGGAAGUCUGUACCGAAGCCUGCUCAAAAGGUGCCUCGCAGAUCGGGCUUGCGGAGUGAAGUUCCUCGAGAGGACCCCGACACUGAUGAUAAAGAGCACAAGAAGGCAAACCCCAAUGUUCUUAAUGCUCAAAUUGACACCGAACCCUUACCCGCGAUCAAGAAGGAAACAACGAGAGCAAAGGCAAAAGAGGGAGAUUCAUCUGCAGCGAAACCUGGCGCCGACAAAAACGUUCCAGAGGCCAGAGAAGAAACUCAAGGAUCGACCCAGGACCCUGUCGUAGUCUCUAGCGACUCUGAGAGCUCCUCGUUCUCUGACGAUGAUAUUUAUAUCCCCGCUGGAACAUUUCGACCAGCAGAGACUGCUCCGCGACAAGAACUCGAAUCACCUGCCGAAAACCUUGCUCAUCCAAACAAUCCAUCAGAUAGCGCUGAUUACGACGAAGGACAGCCCGUUGCUCCGAUAGAGAGUCCCAAGAUUCAACGCCCUUUGGGUCGUUCUGAGCUACAACCUGCAGUUCUGAAGAAGGCCCUCAUGGUCAGAGGUGACCAAAUGGACCUUGCCAAGGCUACUUCUUCAAGGAAUAGAAGAGACCAGCCAAUUCAUCUUGGCUCUAGAGAGGUAUUGUCAGCUCGCGAUGCUAACAGCCUUGUUCAACGCAAUGCUUCUGAAAUGAAAAUUCCAAAGAGGUCCGCCAUGACGGGAGAUCCAGCCAUGGAGAGUUCCCGCCCCCCUCGCAAGGCUAGUAAGCUGUCUCGAAGCUUCAGUAUCAGCCAAGCAGGUAGUCCGUUACCAGUUGAACCAUUACCUACUAACCUGGUCGAUGGAACAAGUACUAGUAACAUGCAAGACAUCGAACAGACAAAGCAAUCCCCAUAUCCUGAUGGCAACAACUUACAGCAAGAAUACCUCUCAAGUCUAGCAGCGGUGGAACCAAAACCAGAGAAGACCAGAGUGGCGCUCAAGACAAAAACGAGGAAGCAGGAAAAUGUUAAAGAAGUAGGCAUGCAGACUGAGCUUCAGAAGGGCGAAGAAAACCUACAUGCCCAGAUCCUGGCCUCUCUACAAGCAUGUGACGAUAAGCAAUCCAAGGAUCAAGAGAGGGACCAGAGUAAGGUUCACAACGAUAAAGAGGCGGCCAACAAGAUUCUCCCCAAGGGACCAAACGAAGAGGCGGCAGAGCAACUCCACGGGCUUGUCGAGACGAUGUUGAGCCAUCUACGGACCAAGGAAGCUACUAUCUACCGUGGAGCUGAUGCCUAUCCCGCCAACUCCGACUACGAGGCUACACCAGCUGAUUCGACAUUCUCUCCCGAAGCAUCACCUCGUUCAUCUACUUCAUCGACAUCAACUACAUCCUCUACAAACUCCAAACACCACAGGAUGCCGUUUCGUCAGAGAAUGGCCCGCCACUUUGGCGAUUCGCUUGCUCCCGAGAAGCCCUAUCUUAGCUACUACGAUGUCCUCCUCACAGCCGAGGAUAUCAAGGCUCUCAAGCAUGACUGGUUGACCGACAACAACAUCGCUUUCUGGGAAGAAUACCUCGAGCGCGAAACUCUUCCUAAAUAUCCCCAGGCUCGCAUUAUCCUCCUCCGUCCUAGCAUGACCUUUCUUCUCAUGAAGGAACCCGACACGCGAUCAAUCCAGUCCGCCCUUCCCGAUUUCUCCAAGGUCACCCACAUCUUCCUACCCAUCAACGACAAUCGUAAUGUGAGUGUCGCUGAGGGAGGUAGUCACUGGUCGCUACUUUUGGUCUCAACCCUUGAUGGCGUGGCCUUCCACUACGACUCACUAGGAGGUGCCAACUAUUCCGAAGCCAAUGUGGCUACAAAGAAGCUGGCUGGUAUCCUCGGACGACCUCUGCGAUUCAUCAACCUCGAAGAUUGCCCCCAGCAGGAGAAUGGCAGUGACUGUGGUGUGUUUGUCUGCCUAUUGAUGCGCCAUCUUCUUGUCAAGCGUCUUCUCUGCGCUAAUGCCCGUGAGAAGGUGUCGAUGAGUAUGGGCGGCAAGAUGGUCGACAGCUAUGGUGGCCGCAAGGAGAUGUAUCGUAUCAUCGAAAACCUCCGCAAGGAGGGCGAGCGAAGGCGAUCGAGAAGCGCCAGCCCGUUUUCGAACAAGACACCGCCGCGGAUCGAAUAG